GCCCAAACUAAAGAUAUGGGCCUACAUUGCUGAGUGCAAGUAUUCUUUAGGCCCUUUGUUCUAUAAAUACUCCUCUUACUACUUACUCUCUUAAACCCUAAAUUACAAUCCCUAAAAACCCUAGCGCUUCUCAAGUUCUACCUCGACACCGAAAAUGCCAGGAGAAGAAGUGAACCCAAAGGCCUAUCCUUUAGCCGAUUCCCAACUCAGCAUUACCAUAUUGGACCUUGUUCAACAAGCUGCUAACUACAAGCAGCUCAAGAAGGGCGCCAAUGAGGCGACUAAGACUCUGAAUAGGGGUAUAUCCGAGUUUGUGGUAAUGGCGGCGGACACUGAGCCUCUGGAGAUUCUGUUGCAUCUUCCUCUCUUGGCUGAAGAUAAGAAUGUCCCGUAUGUCUUCGUUCCAUCAAAACAAGCACUUGGCCGAGCUUGUGGUGUCACGAGACCGGUCAUUGCAUGCUCUGUGACAACCAACGAAGGAAGCCAAUUGAAAUCCCAAAUACAACAACUCAAGGAUGCUAUUGAGAAGCUCCUGAUCUAAAUGAUGAUGGAUGCUAUAUUUCGGUGUGAUGGGCCUCUUCGGUCAUAAUAGUCGCAACUCUAGAGGCUUUGACUGAUGAACUUGUGCUAUUAUUAGAAAGGAUAUUUUUCUUUGUUGAAUUAUGAGAAUUUUUAUUUGUGUGCAUUACGAGAAAGAAUGCUCAACAACAAAAUAUAUUUGCGUGAGUUAUGAUUAAUGAUGUUAUAAAGCCCCUAAAAGUUAAUGUUUCUUGAUUAAUGUGAUCUGUUUUAUCAGUUGUUUUUUUUAACCA